UCCCUGCACAGGGCUGGGCUAUGGGGGAAUAACACAGCACACACUGUGCAUGCUACAUUAUCAGUUGCACGGUCCUCCUGGUGCCUCUGCAAUUACAUUACACUAAACAUGACCUCUGCCUACCUGAGAGACUGCAAGGCCUGGAAGGAUGAUGGCAUGCCCCUUUCUACUACCAGCAAUGAAGCUUGCAAAAUGUUUGAUGCCACUUUAUUUCAGUACGUUACGUGGACAAAUGACAAAACCCUGGGAGGAAUUGAUGGCUGUUUGUCCAAAAUUAACGCUGCUGAUCCAGAUUUUGUAAUGGGACACGUCGUGGCUAAUGGAUUGGAACUGAUCGGCACAGGUCGGUCACCAUUAAUUGAUAAGGAAUUGGCAAAUAGUUUGAAAGUAAUGGCCGAUUUGUCCAAGGCGCAACCUCUGACCGAAUGGGAACGUUUACACGUAGCUGCACUUGAGACCUUCGCCAAAGGAAAUCUUCCAAAAGCAUCGGAUUACUGGGAGAGAAUCUUACAGGAUCAUCCCUUAGAUCUGCUGGCUAUGAAAUUUGCCCAUGAUACAUAUUUUUACCUUGGAGAGCAAACACAAAUGAGAGAUUCUGUCGCCCGUAUUCUUCCAUAUUGGGCUCCAAGUAAUCCUUUAAGUAGUUAUGUGAAAGGCAUGCAUUCUUUUGGGCUACUUGAAACAAACUUUUAUGAUGAAGCCCUAAAAGUGGCUAGUGAGGCUCUGGCUAUAAACCAGAAGGACGCUUGGUCUGUACACACUGUGGCCCAUGUACACGAGAUGAAGGCGGAUGUAGAGAACGGCCUGUCCUUCAUGCAAAAAACUGAGAACAACUGGAAGGGCAGUGAUAUGCUUGCUUGCCACGUAUACUGGCACUGGGCCCUGUAUUAUAUAGAAAAGGGUGAAUAUGAGGCAGCCCUGACAGUGUACGACACUCAUAUUGCCCCUUUUUGCUUUACAAGUGGAAGCAUGCUGGAUAUUGUAGAUAAUUCGUCCUUACUACUUCGACUCCAGAUGGAAGGUGUGGAUGUGGGGAAUCGAUGGGAAAAACUUCUCCAAGUUACAAAGAAGCACACCAACGAUCACGUGCUGAUUUUCAAUGACCUUCACUUCUUAAUGUCCUCCUUGGGCUCAAAGGAUCACGAGAUGACCACCCAGCUUCUGGAAUCUUUGCGGGAGCUUUCCAAAUCACCUGGUGAUAACCAUGAACACUCGCUGAUUGGUCAUCUUGGCCUCCCGCUGUGCCAGGCCCUCGUAGAGUACGACAGUGGUAAUUACGACAAGGUUGUAGAGCUGAUGUUUCCGAUUCGAUACAAGAUACCAGCAAUAGGGGGCAGUAACGCUCAGAGAGAUAUCUUCAACCAAGUUCUCAUCCGUUCUGCCAUUAACAGUAACACAAAAUCAUGCCAGAAUUUAGCAAGAUGCCUUUUAAUGGAGAGAGAUGUUCUGAGACCCAAAUCCCCCCUGACAGAGAGACUUAUGAGGAAAGCUUCUGCAGUACAUAACCUCGUAUAGACUCCGUGUCCAGAAUUCUUACACGUCUAUGAUCAAUUCUGCUUCAGAAAAAAAAAAAGACAUUAAUUAUCAUAUUGAUUGCAGAUUGCAUUUUAAGUCGGAACUAAACAUAUAUAGGUAUACUGUAGAAUUUUUUUGAAAAAUUAUUUUGUUACUGAUCAUUUAUUUAAAGAAGCCAUUUGCUCAAAAACUGGGAAGAGACUAUAACAUGUCACAGCGGACACUCUGCCUUUGGUUGUGCAAUAAAAGGCUGAGGGACAGCGACACUGCCUUUCGAAAGAUAUUAAAUGUAAAUGGGCAGAAAGUAUAUGUAAAUGGGUAGAAAGGAGGUUGCUGAAAUGUGCCUUGGAACAUGAUUUCCCAAUAUGUGCUUCACAGAUCAAUGCUAUGCCAAUGCUUAAAGCUACAAUCCUCUGCAAAAUAAAAAUGUUUCUUUAAAAUAAAUCACUCUGGUUACUUGUAAGAA